AUGGCUGGUGCCUCGUCGACUCGUGACCAACUGCGGCAGCGAACGCAAGAGCACGUGGCGUCGCUGGGCAAGCGCCAGAGUGCGGCUGCGGCUGCGCUGGCUUCUGCCACCCGCGCAGAAACCUUGGCCACGGCUGAUCGGAUUGACAGCCGGCGGGCAGCAACCGCUGCCGAGGCUGCUGCUGCCGCCGCCGAGCGGGCGGCAGUGGAUGAUCGUGCGCAAAGUGUGGCCGCGCGGAGCGCUGCGGUUGACACUCGUGAAGCCUCGCUCAGCAGCGCUCAGGCAGUGGCUGCUGCUGCAACAUCCGCUGCCGCCCUCGCUGCAAAGCGUCUCGAGGCGCAGCAGAGCGAGUUGGCGGCGCAGACUGAGCUCCUCGCGCGACAGCGACUUCGUCUCGAGAACCAAGAGGCUCGAGUCGCUCGCGAGCGAGCCGAGGUCGAGGCCGCUCGGACUGAAACAGUCGCCACACGCAAGGCGCACGAUCAGCGGGCCAAGGUGAUCGCGGCCGAGGCCCAGGCUCUGGCCCAGGCCCGCGCGCAGGCCAAAGUCGAGGCCGGCAGUCUUGCCACGCAGCGUGCCAAGCUCGACGCCGAUGUAGACGAGCUGCAGCAGAAGCGCCUUCAGGCCGGCUUUACGCUUGCAGGAGCACAGCGAAGCCAGGAUGCACUCGAUGCCAUGCAAGCCGAGCUUGAGAGCGCCGAGGCACGGGUUGACGCACGAAGCCGCGAGCUUGUCGCUCUGGUCACGGAGCUCGACAAGCGUGCCGCGGCACUCAAUGCGCGUGACGUUGAGCUUGCCCGCCGCGCGGCCAAGCUGGAUGUGGAAAGUGCGAGUUUAGAUGGCCGUGCUGCGGAGCUCGAGGCCCGUGUAGGGCUCAUCGACGAGGAGCAGGCGGCGCUGGCGGCGGCGCGGGCUCUUGUAGAGCACGACUCUGCCACGGUGCUGGAACGUGAGUCAGAGCUGACACGGCAACUAGCCGAUGUUGCCGAGACUCAGGCCGAGCUGCAUGCGACUCGAGUCGAGCUGCGGAGCUUAGAAGUCGCACUAGAGAGCCGCGCAGCCGCGCUUGAUGCCGCCGAGCACAAACUGACGCGUGACCGGGCUGCACAUGCACAGACAUUGCAGGCGUUCAAGGCGUCUUCAGAGGCGCUUGCUCAAGAGUCAGCCCGGUUGGAGGCGCGAGAGGCAGAACUGGCACAGAUGGCCGAGUCGGCACAGAAUCGAUGUGUUGCGCUCGAUGCGCAGGGCGCUGCGCUCGAAGUCCAGGCCGAAUCUGUCGGCGCAGCCGUGUCGCGAGCCGAGGCCUCGCUGAGGGCAGCGGCGGCUUCGGCGGCUGAGGCCGAGAAGCAAAUGGCUGUCCUAGAAGCUCGCCAUGUCGAGGCUGCCACUGCUGCUGCAACUGUGCAGGCGCGCGAGAACGAGGUCACGGCGCGUGAGGCCAAGCUAGCCGCAGCUGUCGCAGCGCUAGCUGCCGAGACGGCUGCGGCAGCCGAUGCCUCGGCGGAUGCGGCCAACGUCAAGUCGGCACUUGCGCGGCAAAAAACUGAGCUUAGCGCGCAGCAAGCGAGGCUUGAGAGCGUAGAGUGCUCGCUUGAGACCGCAAGGCGUGAUCUGACCGCCGCACAAGCUGCACUGGCGCGAGAUGUCGAGGCUCUCAACGCGGAACGGGCCGCACUCGCCGAACGUAGUGCAAAGAGUGCCUCCGAUGCUCGUAAGGCGUCUCGCUCCGAGGCGGCUGCGGCAGCAGCGCUGCAGGCUAUUGACGAUGUCAGCGCGCGGCUGCAAGGUCGUGAAGCCGAGGUUGCGCGCAGGGCAGCGAGUCUGGAUGCGAGAAUGCGCGAGUGCGCGAGGCGGGAGAAGGUACUCGCUCGCGAGCGUGAUGAGCUGGAUCGAGCCUCUCGGGCUGUGUCGGCCCAGUCGGAGGCAUUUGCCCGCAAAGCCAGCGAGCUGGCUGCUCACGAGACGCGUGUGUCUGUUGCCAGUGCUGAGCUCGCUGACCAGCAGGCUCAAGUUGCUGCCCGCGACAUGGCGUUGCGUGCCGAGUCAGACCACAUCAAGCAGACACGGGUUGCCAUCGACGCGGACCGUCGUGAGCUCGAGGCUAUGGCCAAAGCCACCGAGGCCGAGCUGGCCAAGCUUGACGAUGCACAUGCCUUGCUGGAGCGCAAAAGCGCCCAGGUCGAUGUUGACCGGAGUGUAGUUAUGAAGCGGGAGCGUGAGCUAGCGGCAGGCAAGGCUGAGCUGGCCGCAGCUCGCGCUGCUUUGCGCGAGCUGGAAUCUAAGCUGCUGGCUCGAAAGAUUGCAGCAGACGAAGCAAUGGCGAGCGCAGCAGCAGCUCAAGCUCGAGUCGAUGCUGACCUCGAUGCUCAGGCUGAAGCAAGUAAUGCACUCCAAGCACGUGAGGCUGCAGUAGCCGCUGCAGCCGCUGGCGUAGCGGACCGAGAGGCUGAGUUGGCACGGGCUCGUGCUACUGUAGAGGCCCAAGUUGCGGAGCUCGAUGCAUCUCGAGCAAGUCUAGCGGCUGAGACUGCCGUGGCGCGUGAGGCCCAGCUCAGGUUUGGGCAGCGGGAGGCAGAGCUCGAUGCUAAGGUCCAUGCCCUUGUCGAGCGUGAGACAAAGCUCGAGAGCGGGUGGCGCGAGCUGGAGGCUGACCGAGCUGGCGUUGCAGAAGCGCGAGCUAAGCUGGUGCGCGAUCAGCAGGCACUGGCCGCUGCAACCGAGGCUCUUGCGAGCGAAGACACUCGGGUGACUGCCGAUGCUGCAGCUGCGGCGAAUGCAAUGAUGGCUGCAGAUCAGGCUCGUGCCGAGCUUGUCGAGCGUGAGGCAAGCAUUGCAAGGGAUCGCGAGGCUGUGCAAGAAGCUGAAAAGCGAACGGCACACGAGAUGGCUCGGGUGGAGGCACUGCAGCGCUCGCUCGAGGCGCAGAGAAGGCAGUUGGAAGAUGAGCUGGCCACCGCGGCAGAUCACGAGCGUGCAGCUGCUCGGUCAUCUGCGCUUGCACGGCAGAUGCAGUCCCAAGUAGCUGCACGCAGCGAUGCGCUGGUGGCUCGGCGCCGGGCUCUUGCUGAGGAGGAGGAUCUGUUGUCGCAAGCCAAGGUUAACAUUGCCAGCGCGCGCAGCGCUGUGAAUAAUGCCAAGCUUGCCGUAGCCGCGCGUGAACUGGCAGCCGAGGCUCAUGAGGAGCAGCUUGCCAAGGCUGGCGCUGCCCUUCAGGCCCAGAAGCUUGCGAUUGCCGAUGCUGAGCGCAAGCUGGAUGCUGAGCGGGCUCAAAUCUCCCAACGUCGCAAUACGCUCAAUGGCGAGGCCCAAAGCCAGUCCGUAGCCGCAGCGCGGCUGGAAGCGCAAGCUCGUCACCUGAACGACCGGGAAGCCGGACUUGCAGCCCGCGAGACAGCGCUUGCGGCAACCGCAGACGAGGUUGCUCAGUCUGAGGUUGAGAUCCAAGCGCUGCGCAAGACGUUGACCAACGAGCGCGCCGAGAUCAGCAAGCUGCAGAGCGCGGCAAAUGCGCGGACUCGCGAGCUUGAUGAGCGGGAAGCUGCUGUAGGCGUGAAUGAGGGCCGGCUGGACAAGCUUUUGGAGCGGGUCAAAGCCGCACAGACCCGCGCCGAUGAGAGCCGGAGCGAGGUGACAGACGACCGUGCGACGCUCGAGGCCGACAAGCGUGCAGCGGCCAGCGAGGCGAAGCAGAUUGCUGCCGACCGUCAUGCGCUUGAGCUUCGUGAGCAGAAGCUGCAGAGUGCGGAGAUCGAGUUGGCUGCGCGAGCUGCCCGACUGGAUGAGGACAAGGCUAGACUCGAUGAGCAGCAAGCUAGACUCGUUUCUGCGCAACAGGAGGCCCAGGAGCGAAUGGUUGAAGCUCGGGAUGCCAUGGCAGCUGCUUCGCACGGCGAGCAAUUGGCACAGGACGAACGGAAGCGCGCGCAAGAUCGUCUGGCCUUGCUCGAUACCCAGGCGACCCAGCUGGCCGCUGACAAGGCGCAGCUCGGGCUUGCUCAAGUUGCGGUUGCGGAAGCGGAGCGGCGUGUCGGCAUUGAGCGCAAGGAGUUGGAGGAAGCAAAGGCCAAGGCGGCAGAGGCUCGGGCUGCUCUCGAGGCUCGCAAUGUGGCGGUGGCGGAUGCGGCUGCACGGGCAGAGGCUGCUGCUGCAUCGGCUGCGUCUGCUCAGGACGCCGCAAGACGCGCAGCAGCGGAGGCGGCUGCCAGAAAACGUGCUCUGGCUCAAGUGGCGGCAGGCCUCGACGAACGUCAAGCCAACUUGGACGCCAAGGCCAGGGAUGUGGAUGGGCGGCGGGCCUUGGUUGAGAGUCUUGCUGAGCAGACCUCUGUAGCACAUGCAGCGGCACAGACAGAGGCACUCACACUUGCGCGGCAGCGUGGCGAGCUGGAAGCGCUGGGUGUCCGCCUCGCUGGGGAGCGAGCCAAGCUGAAGCAGAUGCGGGAAGAGUUGGCUCGCGGCGUCGAGCGAGCGGCGCGUGACGCCGAUGCUGCUGCUGCUGGUCGGAUUCAACUCGAUCGCGAGCGUACUGCGCUGGCAGCGGCCCGGGCAAUGCUGAGCAAGGACGAAGCCAAAGUUGCGGCGGCACGGGUGGAGGCAGUAGCCGAGUCGGAGCGACUUCGCGAGCGGACCAGCAAGCUCGAGGUCGAGAUGCGACUGGUUGAUGACCAGGCAGCCGACAACCGUGAGCAGCUGCGACUGCUGCUACAGCAAGAGAAGCUUCUCGAUGAACGCGGGUCCAAGCAGGCAAAGUCAGAGUCAGAGCUGAGUGCGCGCUGGGAUGCACUCGGUGUUGCCGAGCUGGAGCUUGCCGAAGCAAGAGCUGUCGCCGAUGGCCAAGCCCAAGCCCUUGCCAAGCGUGAGGCCGGAAUGGAGGCACGCGCGGAGGACCUGGCAGCAAUGCAGGCUGCCGUCGAGGCUGAAGCCGCCGAGGCAGCCGCUGAAGCGCAGCGACUUCGAGCGAUGGAAACUGCGCUGACUGAGCGCUCGAAAGAGCUGCUGGCACAACAGGCUGAGCUGGAAGCAAGUCAUGAUGCAUUGCAUGAGCGUCAAGGUGAGCUCGAGGCAGCUAUAGAUGCCUUUGCGGGUCGUGAGGCUCAGAUGAAGGGCCAGCUGAGUCAAAUCGCCGACGAGCGCGCAGCGCUGGAAACUUCGCGGCAAGAGAUGGCGGCGCGAGCCGAGGCUCUUCAGGCCGAAGAGGCGCGACAGGCGAGCGAGGCCGCACGCCUUGCUGGCAAAGCUCACGUGCUUGCGGAACGCGAGCAAAUUGUGGCUGAUCGUCAGUCAGAGUUGGACGCUACGGCUGGUGAGCUCGCUAUCAAGCGUGGUGAGCUCGCGGCGCAGCAGCAGGGCUUGGCGGAUGACAAGGUUGACAUAGAGAAGCAGAACCAGGCUUUGGCGAGCUGGCAAGCAAGAGUGGUAGCUGAUGAGGCCGAGCUAGAUGCUCGGCGGGCAGCUGUGCGUGCAGAGCGCGCUUCACUUGAAGAGGCCAGCGUGCGUCUGGCGUCCGACAAGCGAACGCUUGAAACGCAGCUGGCGACGGUCAACGGUCAGUUGAUAUCACUUGAGAGCAAGCGAACAGCCUUGACGGCUGCCAGUGAGAGCUUGCAGCAGCGCGAGGCUCAGCUUGCGAGUCGCGAUGCAAGCCUCCUUGCCCGCGAUAAGGCCCUGGCGGUUAAGGAAGCCAGAGCUGCAAGUGUACUUGAGCGAGAGACCGAGCUUGCAGCCAAGGAGUCCGCUGUAAGUGACCGAAUGCUUGAGCUCGAGAACGAGCGUAUGCGACUGGUUGAGGAGUCUGUCACGCUGGCAGAGGCAGAGCGCAAGGUAGCCGAAGUCCAAGCUGAGAUCCGUGCAAUGCGAACGGGAAUCGAUCGUGAGCGUGCGGCACUGGAGCGACGGAGCAUGGAUGUCGAAAACCGCGAGACGCAACUUGGUGCGCGGGAAGCCAGCCUGGCUCAGCAAUCGAACGAGCUGCUUGAGCGGAGUCGGAGCGCUGCUCAGGCUGAGCGUGAGCUGGCGGCGUCCGAACGCGAGCUAGACGGCCGCAAGAAGCGGGCCGAGCUGGACGCCAUCGAGCUUGCCGCCGAACGCGAAGCGCUCGACAGCGAACAAGCCAAUCUUGAGGCAGCCAGUGCAGCGUUGUCAGAACGGACGGAGGCCACGGUGGCCGAGGAGGCACGUCUGGCACGAGAGGCCGCGCGUGCUGCCGAGCGGGAGCGAGGCUUGGCCGCUGCAGUGGCCAGCAACGAGGCCAGACGAGCCGAGCUCAAGCGCGAAGCCAGGGAGCUGGACGAUGCUCGGCACGCGUACGAGUUGGAUGUGCAGGCCGUGGCGUCUGCGCAGAGCGCGCUCGCGCGCGAGCGCGAGACACACGAGCGAGCUGCGCGAAGUCUUGCUGACGCACAGGCUUCAGCGCAUGCCGAUGCGAUGGCUCUGGAGGCUCGUGAACGAGCAUGUGGCAAGGAGGAGGGCCGACUGGAGGCUGCACGUGAUGAACUGCAGCGCAAAGAGAUCAUGUUUCACGCCCAAGCUGCACUGCUGCAGGAGCAGGAGGAGGCACUGGAGUUGCAGCUGGCGUCGCUAGCCGAGCAGCUUCAGCUACUCGCCGAGGAGCGGAGCGAGGUCAAAACCAGCGGUCUGAGCUGGCACGGUCCAGAGACGCGGCUGCGCGGAGCAAGCAAGCAGCGGAAGCGGCUCAGCGCGAGUGUGACGGCACGCGAGAGCGACCUAGCCGAGGCGCAGCGCGCGCUGGACACCGCUCGGACAGAGCUAGCGGGGUUAGAGGCCGAGCUUCACCGCCGAAGUGCUGCGCUUGUGCAGGCUGAGGACGCGGCUGCCGCACGCCAGGCCGAGUUGGACAGCCAGCGGCGAAGCUUGCAACGGAUGAAUGACGGGGCGGCGGCGCAGCAGAAGGCGCUCGAAGUCGAGCGGCGGGCACUGGCCGAGGCGCAAAGCCAGGUCAAGGCCCGCGAGGAGGCGAUGGCGCGCGCGCUCCAAGCCGUUGAGGAGCGUGAGGUCAAGGUUAGCACCGACCAAGCGCGACUCUGUGACGAGCGUGACGCACUGGAGGCACGCGAAGCCAAGAUUCGCGCGGCUGAAAAGGCAGUGGCGGUUGCCGAGGCCGAAGCUGCGCGCGCUCAAGCUCGGAUGGAGGGCGAGCGUGCUGCGGUCGACGCGGCUCAGGAGCAUGUUCGUCAGGCGGGUGAAGAGGUUCGGCGGCGUGAAAAGAUAUUGGCCGGCCUCGAAGCGCGUGAGGCGGCACUUGCGGCCGAAGCCGAGACUCUUUGUGGACGCGAGGCUGCGCUGGCCCAAGAUCGCAAGGCGUUGACGGAGAGGGAGAUUGAGCUCAAGGGUUUUGAGCGCGACCUGCAGCGCGAGGCGCAGGAUGCGCGCCGAACUGCAGAGCAGCUUGCCAAACGUGAGGCCGAGCUCGAUGACCGCGAGGCGAGAGACGCAUCGCGGCGGACUGGGCUUGAUGCACGCGAGGCGGCGGUGGUUGAGCUGGAGGCCCGGGCAGCAGAGGUGGAUGCGAGUCGCGAGGCUGUUGAGAGACGUGCAGCUGAGACGCAAGCGCGAGAGGCGAUGCUGGCAGAGAAGAGCGCGGCGCUCGAUGCACGGGCACAAGAGCUAGAGACAGCAACAGCAGCGUUUGCAGCAGAGAAGGAGGAACACGAGGCCGAGAUGGCCCGGGUGAAGGCCGAAGCAGUCGAGGCAAUCGAGGUCAAGAAGGACACGAUUGUGCGGACAGCCAAACUUCGAUCGCUGUCGUCAGAGCUGGAUGCCCGGCAAGCGAAACUAGCCGGACUGGAAGCGCUGGAGACGCGGCUUGAGUCCGAGAAGCGGUCGGCCGAGGCGCGCAAGUCGCGACUUGACGCUCAGUCGUUGCAACUGACUGCGCGGCAGGCAACCGUGAAGCUCAAAGAGCGUAAGGCGGCGGCGAUCAAGCUUGAGGCCGAAGAGCUGAAGCGCAAGCUGCAGAAGGAGCAACAGGAGCUCAAGGCUGCGCGCGCUGCGCUGGAGAAGCAGAACGCUUCCCGCACUGCUGCUGUGGUCACCGCCGAGGUCGGCGUUCAGACUAUCGCACCUUCGACACCGAUCUCGAUUCAGGUUAGCUCACCUGAGCUGGUGCACGCCGAAGCGAGCAGCGAGCUCAACGGAUCGGCGUCGGAGCUGUACUUGCAGAUGGAACACCAGCUGGAGGCAGACUGCCAGGAGGUGGAGGUGAUCAUUGCCAAGGUCAACGUUGCUGCGGGUGACUUUGUGCGGAUUCGGGCGGUGGCGGCGCAGGCCAAGGCACUGUCGAAGAAGAUCAUCAAGACGUUACAUGGGAUGCGCGCGACUGCUGCGGACCAGCCCGAGUUUGUGGAGCAGCUUGAGCAGCUUGAGCUGGGGCUUGUGCGGCGCGAAGUCGACCUCGACCAGGUCUCGCAGGCGCUGAGCGCCAAUCCCGACGACGAGGCGUCGUUGGCGUCGCUGCGGGUGAUUUUGAAGCAGUUACAGGACAUCCACGCAUCGGUACUGGAUCUCACGACUGUGGAUGACGAGGUUGAGGACGGCAAAUCGAUGCGAAAGAGUACUUCGUUGACGCGGCACUCAUCGCGGGUGAUGGAUGAGAUGGUACAGCUGCGGGCGCUGCUGAGCGAAGUACCGCUAUUUGAGGGCAUUUCCAACAUUGGCUUCUUUAACGAGAUCAUGCGCAAGAUGGAGGAUCGGGUGUACUCGCCCAACUCGUUUGUGUUUGAGUAUGGCGACGAGGGCCGCUCAAUGUUCUUUAUCAUGAGCGGGACAGCGGCUGUCAUUCUUGGCAACGGCAAGAAGAUCAAGGACCUGGAGGCUGGCGACUUUUGGACCUACGUCAAUGUCUUUGAGCUGUCGAAGGAGACGCUUCUGGCUGCGCUCGAUCUCUACCCGCAGUACCGCGAGUCGAUCAUCAACGUCGGGCGGCAGCGACUGCUGGACGACGCAAAGCGGAGACGGAAGCGUGAGCUGGCCAUUCAGCUGAGCGAUAACCCAGCAGCGAGCGUUCGCGAGCGGCUGCACAGCGAGGUGCGGCGGCUGGUGCAGGUGCUGACUCAUGCGACGUCAGCGUCUACAGUCAAGUGGCGCGCCAUCCAGGAAGCGGCUGAUGAGACGCUGCGUGUGCUGGACGAUCUGGAGGUAGCCCUGAUGCCGACGUUCCGCUGGGUAGUCCGCAACCUCAAGGCUCACCACCAGGCGGCACGCCAGGCGCUGGCGCCUUUUCUGGACAAGGCACCGGACGAGGUUAGUGACCUCGAGGAGGCGCGCUCGGCAGCGCUGGCCCAAAUCCGAGCUACCGAGGAAGAGGCACGGCUAGCAAUUGGACUGGCCGACGUAGCGGCGUCGCUGGACAAGAUGCCGCUGAUGCGCGGCGUUGACGCUGCGUUCAAACGAAUUCUGCUGGAGCAGGCCGAGGCUGCGACGUACGGUAAGGGCGAGACGAUUGUGGAGCUGGGCGGUCGCGACCACGAGCUGUACUUGCUGCUGGACGGGCAGGUGCAAGUCGUGCUUGCCAGCGGUGACUUUGCGGCCGACCUGGGCCCUGGCGAGUUCUUUGGUGAGACAGGGUGGUGGGAGCUCAGCCCAAGGACAGCGCGACUUGUUGCUGUCACUGCAGUGGACGUGGUUCGCAUCAGACGCGGCGCGCUGGACGAGGCGUUGCGGCGUUUUGAGGCGACCGGUCGGACCAUGGCGGUCAACUGGGAGGGCUGGCAGGCCGAGGUGGCAAAGGAAGAGGCACAGAUCUCGCAAAAUGUGCGGCGUGCGUUUGCCGGUGUGGGCGGUGGAGCUUCGGCUAGCUCGCUGGGGAUUUAG